UUUCGUCAUAACAGAGAUACCAAAAAUGGAUUAAGUAUUAGAGGUACUAUUGCCCUACAAAUUGAUUUUCUAACACGCGUUGAUGCUUAUCACAAGAGUCACGCGAACAUUUACUAAUAGUGAUCUUUUUCCUUUAAUCUAUCCAUAAGCCACAAAAACAAAAAGCCCCAAACAAAAUAAAAAAAAAAAAAAUGAAAAUUUCCGUUUGUAAUAUAUACGCAGCCUCAUAAAUUCUGUUCUCUCACCUCUUUGCGUUUUCAACUUUAUUAAUAAUAUUAAUAAAUGUCGGAAUUUGAAAAUUCCGACCUUAAAUAUGCUUUAUUUUACGAGUGAUUUGUCGAAAGUUGUAAUUUUAUUUUCAGGGUUCCAAGUUACCUCAUUUCAUACUUUUGUAUUAGCAACUUUAUUCGUUAUCUCAUUAUGUUGGUGUGAGAGACUUUUUACUUAUUAUUAUGAGAAUGCAGGAUAUGAAAAAGGUCAGAAAAGAUUUAAAAGGGUUGUAAUAAGGACAUUUACUUAUGCAGGGUUAACAAUUUUGAGAUUUUUUUAUAUGCUAUUAAUAAUGUCGAUGAAUUCACAAAUAUUUAUUGUGGUGGUAACUGGAUUGACAACCGGACAAUUGAUCGUAGAAUACUGUUUAUUCGACGCAUCAACUUGUUCCAAUUUCGCAAGAUGAUGAUCUCCCAACUUUAGCCAACAAACUCGAUGAUGAACUUGAGCUCCAACCUCAAAGCUUAAUAAUCGAAAAUGUAAACAGCGAUGAUGAAUAUGAUUAUCAAAUACACAACGAUAUCGUAAAAUACGAGCAGCAAAGUCUCGUUAAUAAAUGAAACAUAUUCGAUAUUCAACAGAUCUCGUAAAAAAGUACUAAACAAUAUUUGUGUUUACUUAAAUA